AUGCCUACUCUCGAUGUUAGCGAGCUCAACAUUGUCGUUGCCAUUCUGGGUGCCUUCAUCAUCUGCUAUGGCUUUCUUUCAGUCAAGAUCAAGCAAGUCUGGUACUUGGGCGAAGCGUUGCCUGCGGUUCUGGUCGGUAUCAUCCUAGGGCCGAUAGCUGCUAGAUUCCUGGACGCCGAGAAAUGGGGUUCUGCUGCAGAAGGUCAGCGGGAGGCCAUCACGCUGGGCAUGUGCCGCAUCGUGAUUGGCGUGCAGCUCGUCAUUGCCGGAUUCCAACUUCCUGCCAAGUACCAGCAAGGUCGCUGGAAAGAGAUGACCAUCCUCCUACUGCCCGUCAUGACAAUCAUGUGGAUCUGCACAAGCUUGUGCAUCCUAGUUACCAUCCCGAAGCUUUCGUUCUUGGCUGCGCUGGUAAUUGGAUCAUGCGUCACCUGCACAGAUCCUAUCUUGUCACAAGCUGUAGCCAAAGGUCCUUUUGCCGACAAAUUUGUCCCUCGUGCACUACGCGAGAUCAUUUCAUCGGAAGCUGGAGCCAACGAUGGAUUCGGGUUUCCAUUCCUACUUCUGGCCACAUACCUCAUACGCCAUGCUGACCUCGAAGGUCUGGAGUUGAAGCCAGGCGUGGAAGGCGUGAAAGAGAUCGCCCACCGCGCGGUUGGCUUGCUCUCCAAGCGUAGCGAGGAAGGAGUUGGCCGUCUCGGUGGCGGUGUUCCAAUGGCAAUGGAGCAAUGGAUCGUCGAAGGUUGGUUGUACAUCAUCCUCAUGUCGGUUGCGAUCGGGGCGCUGGUGGGUGUUGGCAGCAUGUUUGCCAUCAAGUUCUCUCUCCGCAAGAAGUGGAUCGACUCCGAGAGUCUCCUGCUCUGGCCCAUGGCAGUGGGUCUGUUUCUCAUCGGUAUCUGCGGUGCGCUUGGUACAGACGAUCUCCUCGCUUGCUUCGUUGCUGGUAAUGCAAUGAACUGGAACGGCAUCUAUCUGGAAGAAACAGAGAAGCGCCACGACGAAGUCAACAGCUGCUUCGAUGUCAUCCUCAACUUUGGCGGUUUCAUGUAUAUUGGAACCAUCAUCCCUUGGGCUGAAUUCCAGCUGCCAGAGGUCACCGGCAUCAGUGUUGGAAGACUCAUGAUCCUCGGGUUCCUUAUACUUGCAUUUCGCAGAAUCCCUGCAAUUUUCAUGGUGUACAAGGUUAUGCCCGCAUGUGUCAAAGAUUGGAAGGAAGCGUUAUUCAUGGGAUACUUCGGACCCAUUGGUAUCGGAGCUGUCUUCUACGUCGAGCACACCCGCCAUCUUUUCCCUAAGCCUGGCGAAGCUUCGACCGAAGAGGAAGAGAACUUGGUCGCCGCGAUGAUUCCGGUCGUCUACUUUCUCGUCAUCUUCUCGAUCGUCGUCCAUGGCUUGUCCAUCCCUGCUCUCGAUGCUUUCUAUCGCUACAAGAAGAUUCCACCGAUCGAGGAAGCUGAACCUGCAGAGAUCCGCGUACUAUCUGUCCACGAACCACUCCCCAACAACACAAGAGUGGACGCCAAGCGCAACUCAGUCUACCAGCACAACCGCUUCUCUCGUCCAGUGUCUAUGGGUCCUGGCCCGGAACUGUACAGGUGGAACAACCAGGCUAGAGAUAGUGAUGCUACGUUCAGAUCGAACUCUCAGAGCGAGGCUGUCAAUUACGCCCAGAAGCUACAGGCAAUUCGGUUUGCAGAGGACUAUGCUCAUGAGAAGGCCAACCUGCGCCAGUAG